CACACCCACUCUCCUGGUUCUAUGGCCACCGUGCGGGAAUGGUCCUGCACCCGCUGCACGUUCCUGAACCCCGUGGGCCAGCGCCAGUGCUCCAUCUGUGAGGCCCCCCGCCAGAAGCCCGACCUCAACCACAUCCUGCGCCUGAGCGUGGAAGAGCAGAAAUGGGCCUGCGCCCGCUGCACCUUCCGGAACUACCUGGGCAAAGAGACCUGCGAGGUGUGCGGCUUCACCCCCGAGCCCGGCCCGGGGGGCUCGCCGCUGCCCAUCAUCAACGGGGUCUUGCCCAAGCCCACCGUCUUGGUGGAGCCCAAGGGGACAUGUCAGGAGGAGAUGUCCAAGGGUGAAAGCGGCAGCGAGGACUCCGGCGGGAAGAGCCCGGAGGAGGCAACGGCCCCGGAGGACGGCUGGGCUUGCCAGCGCUGCACCCUCCACAACACCCCCGUGGCCAACUCCUGCUCGGCCUGCGGGGGGCCCCGCAAGCUCUCGCUGCCCAAGAUCCCGCCAGAGGCGCUGGUCGUCCCUGAAGUCAUCGCUCCGGCCGGCUUCCACAUAGCCCCCGCCCCCCCUCAGCCCGGCGCCGCCACCGCCGAGACCCCGGAGAGCCACCCCCCGGAGCAGGACAGCCAGAAGGUGCCAGGCUUCAGCCUUUUCUCCCCCGCCCUCCAAAACAACCCGGUUCCCCGCAGCCGCCGAGAGGUCCCCCCGCAGCUGCAGCCCCCGGUGCCGCCCGAGACCUCCCAGCCCGCUUCCCCGCCGGCCCCCGUGCCGAAGGCCCUCCGCUUCCAGGAGCUGCUGGCCACCAAGCGGCUGAGCGCCCUGGAGGAAGAGAUGGAGGUGAGCCCCUCGCCCUGGAAGUGCAGCACCUGCUCCGUCCUCAACGCCUCGGGGGGCGGCUCCUGCGAGGCCUGCAGCCACCAGCGGGGCAGCGACACCAUCGACCUGACGGGGGACUCGGUGCGCUUCACCCCCGGCGGCCCCUCCAGCCCCGACUUCACCACCUGGUCCUGCUCGAAGUGCACCUUGAAGAACCCCACCGCCUCCCAGAAGUGCAAGGUGUGCGGCUCCUCCAAGCUCCACGGCUUCCAAGAGCACGAGCCGGCCGCCAAGUGCCCGGAGUGCGGCUCGGAGAAGGGCGUCUGCCCGGCCUGCAGCUCCAGAGCCCCCUCGGCCCGCAAGAAGGCCAAGCACUGUGCGGCCUGCCACACGCCCCAGGGGUACCUGGCGCAGCGCACGGGGGCCAAGCCGCUCCGGCGCCGCGAGAGCAUGCACGUGGAGAAACGGCGGCAGACGGACGAGGGCGAGGCCAAGGCACUCUGGGAAAACAUCGUCUCCUUCUGUCAGGAGAAUAAGGUCAACUUUGUGGAUGACAGUUUCCCGCCGGGGCCCAAGUCGGUUGGCUUCCCCGAAGGGGACAGCGUCCAGCAGCGGGUCAAGCAGUGGCUGAGGCCUCACGAGAUCAACUGCAGCAUCUUCAAGGACCGCUCGGUCAAGUGGUCGGUCUUCCGGACGCCCCGGCCCUCCGACAUCCUGCAAGGGCUCCUGGGAAACUGCUGGUUCCUGAGUGCCCUGGCAGUGCUGGCGGAGAGGCCCGAGUUGGUGGAGCGGGUCAUGAUCACCCGGACCAUAUGCCCGGAGGGGGCCUACCAGGUGCGGCUUUGCAAAGACGGCACCUGGAGCACCGUGCUGGUGGACGACAUGCUGCCCUGUGACGAGUGCGGCUACCUCCUCUUCUCCCAGGCCCAGCGGAAGCAGCUGUGGGUGGCCCUGAUUGAGAAGGCCCUGGCCAAGCUCCACGGCUCGUACUUCGCCCUCCAGGCGGGGCGCGCCAUCGAAGGCCUGGCCACGCUCACCGGCGCCCCCUGCGAGAGCCUGAUGCUGCAGGUCAGCUCCACUAACCCUCGCGAGGAGUCCGUUGACACUGACCUCAUCUGGGCCAAAAUGCUGAGUUCUAAGGAGGCUGGUUUUCUGAUGGGCGCCUCUUGCGGAGGGGGCAACAUGAAGGUGGACGACGCAGCCUACGAGAGCAUGGGCCUUCGCCCCCGGCACGCAUACUCCAUAUUGGACGUGCGAGACGUGCAAGGAUGCAGGCUGCUGCGACUCCGCAACCCCUGGGGCCGUUUUUCCUGGAACGGCAGCUGGUCUGACGAGUGGCCCCACUGGCCCGCGCACCUGCGGCAUGAGCUGAUGCCCCACGGGAGCAGCGAGGGGGUCUUCUGGAUGGAGUACAGCGACUUUAUCAGUUUUCCUUCACAGUCGGCCUUCUGCAGCAGGGGCGCCUCGUCCUCUGAGUGCCCCAAGCUUUCCUUGUACCUGAGGAAGUAUCCCUCCGUCAGCACCUUAAUUGCUGGUGCGAUUUCCAAAGAGCCGCGGGUGGCG